AUGGCCUCUGACCUGUCUAUUCUGAUCAUUCCCAUGUUUGGUAUGGGGAACCUACAUCUUCCCCUCAAGAAAAAGCUCCUCGCUGGCUGGGUCUUUGCCAUUGGCAUCUUCGCCAUGAUUGCAGCCACCUUUCGGUUCUACUAUGGAAUCAAGCUGGUACACAUUAUAGAUGCCACUUGGGCCACCAUGCCAAUGGGCAACUGGAAUUGUGGUGAGUUGAUGGCAGGUUUCAUUGUAGCCUGUGCUCCCUUUAUCCCUCGCUUUGUUGACCAAGUCUUUAAACGAAAGCAUCCGGACGCCUCGGCGAGUCUCCAAAUCCACGUGCAAUCGGUAUUCCAUGUCGCCACGAACUCGGCAACGGAUCAGCAGCUGUCACACUGGGCUAGAUUGCAGCUUGACCGCGCUCAACGGACGAGAAGGCGUGCCCUUUGA